AUGGCACGGGCUAGAGAAGAAGCAGGGGACAGCCAGCUGGUGUCUGGUCGGGAGCCAUCAUCACGCAUCAUCAGAGUGUCUGUCAAGACCCCACAGGACUGCCAGGAAUUUAUGUUGGCAGAAAAUAGCAGCGUCUACCACUUCAAGAAGGAGAUCUCCAAACGCCUUCAUUGUGACACUGACCGACUGGCACUCAUCUUCACUGGAAAGAUACUCCGUGAUCAAGAUAUACUGAGCCAGCGUGGCAUCCUUGAUGGCACUACAGUCCACUUGGUGGUGAGGACCCAUUUGAAAGGAUUAACUGGUCCUAGAACUCUUUCAGGUCCCACAGGUCCCAUCCAUCGUCCUGAGCCAUCAGCCUCUGAAGGUACUGGGGCACUAGCUAUGCUGGGCCAGCUGGCCCGGAGUUCGCCUGAUCUAGCUGACUUAUUUGGUCAGUUGACUCAACUCCUGAUGGCUGCACCUGGGUCUGUGGUGCAGUUCUUGGAAGAUCCUCUAGUUCAAAGCUUGGCAAGUGAGAAACCAGCCAAUGCCAGCCAUGUUCCAGAAUCCUCAAAGCCCAAACAGAGACAUGAGUCUGCUUUUAAGGCUCUGGAAACCUUGCAGAACCCAGUCCAGCAACAAGCAUUCCUACAAGCAGACAGGCAGAGGCUAGAGGCCUUGAAGGCAGUGCCAGGGGGUGACAAUGCUAUGCGUCCAGUCUGCUCUCACAUCCAGCAACUCAUGCUCUCCACGCUGGCCCUAUUGUCUGCCUCCAAGGGCCAUAGCCUAGGUUCAGAAUCUUGCAGAGGGGAAACCAGUACUAAGAACAGUGCUGACAGUAACACAACCAUGCCCACUGCUUCUGCACAUGCCAAGACAUUGGUAAGAGAGGUCAGUGCAAGAGUGGAUGCCCAGGUCAGGGAGAUGGCCUCAAAUCAGCCCAAUUCAGGGUGUAGGACUGGAACUCAGGACUUAAACUCAAGCCAGGAUCUUCCCACCCAGGACAGUCAGCAGAUGGAGAAAGUCACUCCCACCAGUCAGCUAAAACUCUCACCCUCUGUUUUGUGUCGAGUCUUAUAUACCCUGGAGCACAGUCUAGCUCUGUUACACCAGCUAGCAGCUGUCAGCCCUCUGAGACAUCAUAUGCCACUGCUUCCCAUCCUCACCAACCCUCGAGCACUGCAGGCACUGAUGCAGAUAGAACAAGGCCUACAGAUACUCUCCAGGGAGGUGCCUGGGCUGAGACCAUUCUUAUGGAAUCCAGCUAUUCUAGGGGAGCCAGCUAGAUCACGGUGUGCUAGAGGCAUCCUUGAAACUGGGGCUGGAAGACAAGGUCAUAGAGAAGACCCUGUGCAGUCCACCUUGGUCAUUCUUCAGCUCCUCCAUGCACUGGCCAAUUCCUAUUUCCAGGUAAUCCAGUCCUCACUAUCUUCAUCCCUGCCCACUGCAGAUCUCUACCAGCAAGAACUAGAGCAGUUGAAGGCCCUGGGUUUUGCUAACCAUGAUGCUAAUCUCCAGGCCCUGAUAGCCACGGAUGGAGACAUCUAUGCUGCGAUUGAGAGGCUGCUAGGGUUGCCACAGGUCUAG